CACACACACACACACACACACACAGACACACAGACACACUGAACGAUGAGGGGCAGGAGAAGGGCGAUUGUGGGUGCGGGGUACGCGGAUCUCAGUGUCACAGCGCCCACGGGCCACAGUGGCCGCGACGCUCAACAGCUCAGCGCAUCCCUGCAGGCCCUGGCCAACUAUGGAUAUUCCACAGUCGCAGUCAACCAAGAGGUUGGAGGCUCAAAGCCCGUCAUUCCGGAGCCGCUGAAGGUCAGGGUGGAGACGAGUGCAAGCGGCGCUGGCUUGCGGGUACUGUCACGCAUGACCCUCACGCUGACAGACGCCAAAAGCACCUAUCUCCUGAGCUCCAGCUCCAGCACGAUCAUGCGCAAGUUUGAUCUUGUUGCUGCCCGACCCAUGACCGACAAGCUGCUUGCGCAAUGUGUGGACAAGUUGGACAUGGACAUCAUCACGUUUGACAUAUCUCAGCGUAUGCCUUUCUUCGUGAAGACAACACACGUCAGCCAGGCGCUGGCACGUGGCAUCUUCUUCGAGUUGUGCUACAGUCCCGUCAUCCAAGACGAGACGGCGCGGCGCAACGCCAUUGCAAACGCCCAGAACAUCGUGCGGAUAUGCAAGGGAAAGAACAUCAUCAUCUCAUCAGGGACUGGCGAGCGACGCCUGCUGCGGGCGCCACGUGAUGUCUUCACACUCACCCGUCUCUUCGGCCUCACACAGGAUCAAUGUGUUGCUGCGGUUUCCCAGUGCGCAAUGCAAACCGUCUCCCGGGGGUUUAUGCGCACGUCCACAUUUCGUGGCGUCACCGCUGUUGUCCUCACAAAGGAUACACCAAAGGGCGUGCGUGUACAUGCGGAGGCGUUUGUCGGAAAGAAGAGUGAUGGGGACGAUGCUGCGUUGUGCAAGGCCCGCGGGCACGGCCUGGAGGGCGACGUGGGGCCGAGGAAGGGCAACAGGGGGGCGAAGGGGGCGAAGGGGGCUGGGAGCAAGAAUGCGGGUGGUGAGAAAGCUAAGACGAAGAAGGCAAAGGAAGAGGCCGAUGGGGCGGAGCACGAGGAGGAUGAUGACGGGGAGCAAGCCAGCAAGAAGGCGAAGCUCUCAUCGCCAAAGCAGCAGCACCAGCAGCCACGCAAGGGCAAGAAGGGGCAGAAGAAGAAGAGACAGAACAACAACAACAAACAGAACAAGAAACAAUAAACACGCAUGCGGUCGCA